ACAAACACUUUCUCUAUUUCCCUUUCUAUUCUUUCUUUCUUUCUCUAUUAAAACCAUAUCAUAAACUUCAACAACAACAACAACAACAACAACAAAAAUGAAUUGUGAAACAAACAACAACAUGUUUGUUAAAGAUUCUAGUAUCAUGCUCUUUGGUAAGAAGAUUCCGGUGCCGGAAUAUCAUAUUCCGGCGACCUCUCAAAAGGGUUGUCAGAUUCAGGCCAACUCUACACCUAUGAAUUCUUGCAGUAACACAAAGCAUACAGGAGUUGAAAUUUUCCACACAGAAAACUAUGAGAAAUCAAAAACUUCAUCAAAAGUUAAUAAUUCCAUCCCUUUGGAAGAAAAAAAGGAGACUAGCAACACUGAUCAAGAAAAAGUCCUUAAAAAACCUGACAAGAUUGUUCAAUGUCCAAGAUGCAACAGUUUCGACACGAAAUUCUGUUAUUUCAAUAAUUAUAAUGUCAAUCAACCACGACAUUUUUGUAGAAACUGUCAUAGAUAUUGGACCGCCGGUGGAACAAUGAGAAGUGUUCCUGUUGGUUCUGGAAGACGAAAGAACAAACACAUAGCUUCUCAAUAUCGUCACAUAAUAGCAACUUCCAAUGGAAAUCCGAUCGAGCGUUUAGAUAUCGAGAACACUUCUAGAUAUCAAAAUGUCUCGACGGAUAAAAGUAUUGUCUUGAAAUUUGGUCAAUUUGGUCAUGAUACUUCUUUUCGCGAAGAGGAAGAGUCAUCCUUAUGUGUAUCUUCGAUAUCGAAUGGUUAUACUCGAGGAAACGAAUUAUCCGAAUCCGAAUAUAAUAGAUCAAAUUCAUUGCAGAGUUACCCUGCAUCUCAAUGGAUGGUUCCAUUGAAUCAAAGUUGGAACAAUGCUAGUUCCAUUGCUCAAUCUUCAAUGCAGUGGUGUCACGCGCCGAUGGUCGCAGUUAAGAACAUUUUGACACCAAACAUUCCAUUGCAAUUUGUUCAUGGAUCAUAUUGGCAUGGAAAUGGAACAGUUUCAAUUAGUUCAAAUGGUUGCAUUUCACCUUCUUCAACUUCUAGUAACAGUUGUUGCUCAGGUAAUGGUUCACCAAUCCUUGAAAAAAAACCAGAUACGCGUGUUUUUGUACCAACGACUCUUAGAAUCAGUGAUACAAAUCUUGAAUAGACUCUGAUACUGAUUUGUAAAGUGAAAGAUGUCUCUGUCUGUCUUAUAAACACAUUUUUCGAUCAUAUCUCAUUCAAUGUAGCAAUGAUACUAAUGAAGUCUCAAAAUGUUCUAUAUGGACUUUAUUAGGUAUCAAGCAUGAUAAUUAGUAUGUUGCAUAGUUCUCAAUGGAAUCAUUUGUGUAAUUUAAUUUAGUGAUUUAGUUAAAUCAAUUUUUUUAGUUCUGUUAUCUAAAUUUGAUUUUGAUGAUUCUUGGAGUUGCCAGUGAACCAAUAAUAAAAAAGUGAUAGUUGCAUUU